UUUUGAGAACUGAAAGAACAUUUUCUAAAACUUUUUUUUUUUUGGGAAACAAAAAUGUUUUCACAUGAAAAAGCAAACAUUCUAUGCUUUUUACCCCCAUUAUGUUCCAUUCACAAAAUAAUAAGAAAUCCUGUGAACCACACAAAAAAAUGUCCUUCAUGAAAAAAAAAAUGUUCCCUGGAUUUCACAGACUGAAGUAAAUUAAAGUAGAGAUUUUCUUGUUUUUUUGUUUUGUUUUGUUUUUUUUCACCAGAUCACAAGUCAUGAAUAGAGUAAACAGUUCACAAAUUGAAAAUCGAUCACCAGAAAGAAAAGAUUCUCACUUGUCACUCAGGGCUUCAGCAGUGCAGAGGAAUACAACACGUUCACUCAGGGACACUAUGAAUGUAUAUGAAGUAUAUCUGCAGACAGGGCCAGGUAACCUCAAGGACCCCAAUGAUUGAUGGUUGGCACCACUAUUGGUAUCGAGUGUGGUCGCCCAGUCUAUCUGCCAUCGGUCAUCCAUCCAUCGCUGAGCAGCAGAACAUCUCAGUCUGCAUGCUGAUUCUGCUGUCCGUAACUGAGAGGGUCAGGAGGUGGGGAGUGUGCUUAAAGUCACCGGGUGAUACUAGUAGGACAGUAAAAACUGCUCCCAGACGUUCCUCCUGCUGCGUGUUGUGGGUGAGCACAUUUCUCUAAAGUAUGUGAGUGGGAGUCCGGGCCAUCGUGUUGACCCUGGGCCUGCCGUGUCUGACUGAAGAUGAGGCGUGUGAUGUUUAUGGGAAACUAAUCUCACGAAGAGGAAGUUCGUGUUUGAGUCUAGACACUGAGUGAAACUCGCUUAAAUCGAGACUCCCAACCAAUGCGCUCGUUUUCAACGUGGGCGACAGCACGCUGAUAAAGGGAGAUGUCGGAUGGGAGCCGCCGACUUAUCUUCGCAUGGGAAACCAGCGGCAUGGAGGAAGACAGCUGCUGCUGCGGCGGGGAGGCGCGCUUACACGCGCAGGAAAAUUUGAACCAGCUUCUCCGCCAGAAAGAAACGAGGCUCCAGCGAAUGGCCCAGUUUUUAGCUGUGGGGCUCCUUCUACUUAUUUCAGUAGCUCUGUGCUUGCUGAUCACCGCUUUGCACGGUGGACGAGCUGGUCAGUCACCGGAGAGCCAGCUAUUGCAACAGUCCACCAGCCAUUCAUCAGAAACCAGUGGUGAUCAGCAGCAGCCUGAUGACUUCAAGCAUCCAAGUGCUAUGCUAACAGUUCCUCGAGGUGACAACGUUAAGGGGAAAUAUCUUGAAUGGGAGAGUAAGGCUGGACAUGCCUUCUGUAAUGGAGGUUUCAACUACUCCAGCGGGGACCUAGUGGUGCCAAGAAACGGCUUCUACAGAGUCUUCCUGCAGAUUGCCUAUGAGAGUAAGGCAAGCCUUACAUGUGAGAGGAGUACACUCAUCAACACAGUGUAUGUUUUCCGGGAUGCUUACCGUGUCGAUAGGCCUCUCCUGUCGUCAGUCGACACAGUGGGUUGUGGCACGGAGUCGUGGAUUAAAUCCCUCUAUACAUCUGGCGUGUUUUACCUGGAGGUUAACUGCAGACUGCGUGUGACAUCAUCUUUCCGUGACCUUAUUGUUAGAGAAGAACACCAGGUGUUCUUCGGUGCUGAACUUUUGCCUCAGUAAUCUGGUCAGACACUUACAUUCACCUAGAUUUAAUUUUUACAUCUGCAACUUCAGCUCCAUGGAAACUUAAAGAAAACUCAUUAUUAACAGUACAGAGAAAUACUGCUGCCUGAUACCAACUCAACUAUGAUACACCAUUCUAAAGCGUAUGUAUAUUUUUCUUAGAAUGUCCCUAUAAUAUGUUACAGACGAAUAACCUAUAUCUUAUAAGUUUGAAAUGAAAGUGAUAAUUUUGCUGUGACUUUUAGUGCAGAAACAAAUUCAUUAAUUUUUUGUCAGAAGACACACUAACAAUAGUAGUUUAUAAAGAGUAUUUCCAGCUUCUCAUAGGUGAGGAUUCUGUUUUAUAUCAUUGUCAAUUGCAUAUCUUUGUCAUUUGGACUCAGCCUUUUAUGGCUCAAAGAUUUAAUGACAGUCUCUGUGUUUUUUGUUAUGUGUUUGUAAUGUCUUGUUUUGCACAGAUGUUUGACUCUAAAUUGUUGGACAGACUGACAAUUUGAUCAAACAAUGCCCCCAUUAACAGGCCACCAUAAUUUGGUUUUAAUACUUAUGCACUGCAGCUAGACGAUUAUGUUAUUAUAGUAUUGGCUCCAGGAAACCAAUCAAAACUCAGCCAUUAAAGCACGUAGCCCCUGCAGUCUGUUUAAGUUGGCAUGUCACCUCUGCCAAAACAGUCUUCACCUGUUUGAAUUCUGGGGAGUCUAUUUAUUUUUUUAAUCUUUUGAAAGUAUGUCUCUUUCUAGAACUAAUGACCCCUGCCCUUAUUUGGCCUGCAAGUCUUUUUUCAUGGUUUUAACCAGGUCACAUUCUUUGAUAGCUGUUACUGAUGAUGGUAAAACCCUGUGGAGGACAAAAUGACAAGACUGGUUUGAGAAAUAGAGAUAGUGACAUAGCAAGGCUGUGUUAUUAUUUACACUUGUUUAAAUGUGUUGCCUUAGCCACCUCAGUGGUUCAGAUAAGGAAGCUUUAAAGAGUAGUAAACAGCACAUAGUUACCGGAAAACUAUCACAGUAAAAUCCAGUCCACACCCAGACAGUCGUGCUGCUGAUAACAUUAUUUUGGUAUGUGAAACAUUCAGUUCAUAUUGAGCCAAUGCACCUCUAACAUGGACAGACUGCUGCCAUAUUAGGAGUGUGUAGAUGACCAACACAUGGGGUCAGGCUAACAGGGGGACAUUUCCAAGCCAGGAAAGGGCAGUUUCAUACUCCCAAUUUGUUGAGAUUUUAUUGCACCUAUUGUGAAAUGAUAGGUGAUAGGUGGUAAAUCAGAGUCAGACUGGCUACAGAUCUGACACCAGAUGGUUGAGACAUUUUAGAAUAGUACUAUUCACUUACUUUCUUUUUCCAGUGCUGUAGUACUGUGUGGAUAAAUCUGACUUUUCUCUCCAGGGGCUCACUGUAAGCUAAUACAAAUAUGGAAAGGUUUUUCUUUGUAUUAAUAUUGUAAUAUAAUAUGAAAGGUUCUGUUGUACAAGUUUGCUUUGCUUGGCCUGUUCAAUAAGGAUAAAAAUGUUUUGUUUUUUUUAAAUGUAAUUAUUUAAUUAAUUGCUGACAAGACACUAUGAAGUCUGAGCUGGUGCUACAACUUUUUUUCCUACUUUAAAUGAACUAAUGUUAUUUCAGAGUUUUUAUAUUUGUCUGUGUGCAUUUCUUGAAAUAAAAUGUGUUUUAAAAAUC